AAACGGAGCUAUUGCUAAUUGUAUUUCACUUUUUAAGAUGACCCUUUACAAUGAAAGAAAAGUAACACUUUUUGAGUUAAUGAUUAAAAGGCCCUGAUGAACACUCCCAUCCCCUCCUAAAUUCAACACCAAUCACCUCUCAAUCUAUGUGAGCAGUCGUUCCAUUGUUAUUCUGAUUGCGCGCAUCCGCUGUUUAUCACCAACCAGAGGUUACCUGGUCAUAUCCAUAACAAGGCCUGUGUGCUCCUUCUUUACAUCCACUCACAAAAAGCCAUUGUGAAUUUGACCACUGAAAUCCGAUUCUUUUCUUUUUUCCUCAACUUGAGGGUAAAGUUUUGAACACAUCUCAGCCACAUGGACAUAAGGAUUUGAGGAGGUGGCACUUGGAUUUGCGGCGCUGUCAGGGCAGGUCACUUUCCUCCAGCUUGUAAAAAUCGCAGGUUUGUGAAAUGCCAUCUCCCGUUUUAUCUCACCAAGGCCUGUACGCUUAACAACCCGAUAGCCACCCUGAGAGGAUUUCAGCAGACUUGGAAAGACUGUCUGGCGGCUGCUCCGGAGACGUGGAUUUGGGCGGUUUUUUCUGUUAUUGUGGAUAAUUCCUUGCUUAGUGUUUUUUUUUAAAUAUUCUGUAUGCAGUGAAUGGCUGGCACAGCAGGCCUAGUGAUUUCUCUGAAACAUAUGGGAGUUUCAUGAGUACGGGGGUCUGGGAUCACCAAAGACUGAAACGCAAUCUACCAUUUUCAGUGACUCAGCGCGCCUGGUACGCGACCAGAUAUUUUCAGUUUCAGGUUUAAAGAUGACAAAGGCAUCUAUCAAGUCCAUCCUCAGCGAGGCUGGACAUUGAAACUAUGCGUGACCACUGAGCCGGACCCUUGAAGAUUGAAUGGGCAUGUUUGGCACGGUACCUAUUUGUCUGAAUCCCCACCUUGUAGCAACAGGUUAGACACCUGGCCUCCCCCAAAUGCUCUUAUAGCGCUAGGCUUUGACUUUACUCCUCUCUCCGAUAUUUUCCCUCAUGCCUCCCAUCAUGGUGGAGCACAACGGCCUGGACAUGUGCCUUAACAAGUAUGUCACAGUUUCCUCCUCGUCGUCCAGCUCCGAGCAAGACAAGAAGAUGUUCAGCAAACUAAAACUCAGUUUGUCAGGGGAUUACCAGAAGAACGCAGAGAUCCUCAGCGGCCAGUACGGGACCAACCUGCUGCUGAUCGGGCUGGCAUUGAUGCUGGCCAUCUCGCACCAUGGCCCCUCUGUCAAGGAAGAGCACCUGCUGUCCUUUGUCACAUGCCUCAUGAUCCUCCAGCUGAUCUGGAUGAUGUGGUACAUCCUGGUGCGGGAGAGACAGAAAAACACGCGGACAGAGAAAGAUGUCCACGCCACUACAUGCUGGAUAAGAGGUGGUUUGACUCUCCUUGCACUCCUUUCACUGAUCAUGGACGCUUUCCGAAUCGGGUAUUAUGUUGGCUAUCGGUCUUGUGUGUCUGCUGUGCUUGGGGUAUAUCCUGUCAUCCAUGCAACUCACACCAUUGCACAGGUGCAUUUUCUCUGGUUUCACAUCAAGGAUGUCAUCAAGAGCUUUGAAACAUUUGAGAGAUUUGGUGUAAUCCAUGCAGUCUUUACAAACCUCCUCCUGUGGUGCAACGGCGUCAUGUCAGAAGCCGAGCACUUCCUGAACAACCAUAUGAGAAGACUCUCGGCGCUGGGCUACGGAAACCUCACUAUAGUGCACUCUGAACCCCACUGUAACUGCACCACCAGCACUUGCUCCAUGUUCUCCAGCAGCCUCUUCUAUCUCUAUCCCUUCAACGUCGAGUAUCACAUCUUUGUCUCCGCCAUGCUCUUUGUCAUGUGGAAGAACAUUGGGCGGACCAUUGAUCUCUCGUCGAACCGUAAGAGGCUAGCUACCAAAACCCAAUGCCUGACGGUUGGCCCCAUCCUGGGUCUUCUUGCACUGGCCAGCACUAUCGGGAUCCUGGUGGUCUACAUCACCCAUGUGGAGGAAUCCCUCAAGAUGCGCGAGGCAGCCAUUUCCAUGUUCUACAUUUAUGGCAUUGUCAUGCUGGUUUUCAUGUGCUCUGCUGGUGCUUCAGGUCUGAUAAUAUAUCGAGCUGAUCACGUGCCGCUCGACACCUCCAAGAACCCAUCCAGACAGCUGGACACGGAGCUGCUGUUCGGGUCCUCCAUUGGCUCCUGGCUCAUGUCCUGGUGCAGCAUAGUGGCCGUGUUAGAGGCCGACAGCAGCCCUCCUUACCGCUGGACCAACCUCAUAUACUCUCUGCUAAUUGUGCUGGAGAAGUACAUCCAGAACCUCUUUAUCGUGGAGUCCCUGUAUCGCAAGCAAGAGGAUGGCGAGAGGGAAGACCCCGAGUUACCAGCUUCUCCAGAAAUCUUCUCGGUGACGUCGUCUUUGGCCCCGCCGUACAACGGCAUCAUCAACCGGGCAUAUGUGACUCCAAACAGAACCUGCAGCACCAUGGAGAACGAGCAGGAGGAGAGCGGACAGGUGUACAGAUGUCCCAGGAAACCUUCCGAGGUGCCGCUGACCGUUGGAAACAAAGUAAAGGAGCCCACAAACAUAAAGAGGCAAAUCCUGAAAAACAUUGCUGUCUUCCUGAUUAUGUGCAAUAUUUCGCUGUGGAUCCUUCCUGCCUUUGGCUGCCGGCCACAGUACGACAACGGGUUGGAACAGGAGACGUUUGGCUUCAGCAUAUGGACCACAGUUCUCAAUUUCGCUAUUCCUUUGAACCUUUUCUAUCGCAUGCACUCAGUCGCCUCCCUUUUCGAGGUGUUCCGCCGAGUCUGACAUAAUAGCAGACGGCUGACAACGCCAGAUAACAUGCACAUGAACACUUGUCACCACCGGCUCCCGAGAGUGUCUCCCAGCGCAGGUCAGCCGUUCAGGAGGCGGUCUGGGUCACACUCCAACAGACUUGGCAAAAAAGCUGUGGAGACGAACAAAACGUAGAUCCCUCUGUGUGGGGAUUAAGGAGGAAGACGAACCUAUUAGCCCAUGUUCCUUGGAGAAUGACCUUGUAUAACACAAGGCUUAUUACAAAUGGUGAUGAGAAGGACCUUUGGUUUUGAGAAUAGACCUUUGUACUUAUUUUUCUGUAGUCACAGUUCAGUAGGCUUCCCAUGGUUCAUUGUGUAAAAUGGAUACGCUGUAACCGACACACACAUUUUGUAUUGUUUCAUGUUACUAGUAUUUAGUAGCUCACUAAAUACAACGGGUAAGAAACCCCUGUCACAAACAUCUAAUAGUACUGUAUGCAAGAGAGCCACAUUUGACCCCUACUCUAUCUGCAUGUGAAGUGUUCAUACUGUCUAUGGAUAUGGUUCUCAUUUCAUUCCCUUAGUGGUUCAAGUCCAAUGAUGAACUAACACUUGAGCUGCAAAGGGUAGCUGCAAUCUGAGCACUAUAUUUUUGUAUUAUCUCUAUGAGUUGGACUACAGUUCUCGGACUCUCGGUUGUAUAAGGUUGAUCAAUGUCGCUUUGUUAUAUGAUCCUCUUCUGUCAAGGUUGUGUUCAAAAUUAUGUGUUACUGUCUAGAUAAGAGUUUUAGGUCAAAUAACAAAUCCACUGUUAAAGAAGAGAUUCGCUUUAUGGCCCGAUGAUGUUAAAUAAUAACAAGGGUAAUAUUGUUCAAAUCAGGUGCCCCUAUAUUGUCAAAAGUGAAAAUCUUGUAUCAAAAAUUGUUUGAGGAUUUUUACACAAUAUAAAAGAAUGAAGAGCUUGUAUGUUUACACCUCAAAGAUAAUCAAUAAAACCCACCCCAGUCUGUGACACUACUUUUUAAACAUAUAUACACAGAUAUACUGUAUACUUGUACUGUACCAUUUUUAUAUCCAAUCAAUGUAUAGUCAGUUCUCACCAUGGUGCUAUCUCACUUUGUGCCAACUUAUGGUAAAAAACAUGUUUUUUUUAUUUAGGUGCAAAUCCAAUGUUAUAUAAUCUUUGUAAAUACUGAAGUGCUGAUCAAAAUCAUUCAUACACUGUGUUACGAGUUUUAUGAAAUUCUAAUUAAAUGGUGCUCAUAUGGAAUAAUGUGUGCAAUGGUGAUGAGUGUAUAUGUUGAAAUAAAGACUAGCUUUCUUUUGUUCA